AAGGAAGUUGCUUACAAGAAGCAAAGAAACAAAAAGGAAAGGAGGUAAAGGUGAAAGAAACUACUUUGAGGAAAAAACCAAUGGAUCAAGAAAAGCCAAAACUUUGUGUUCUUGACGCAUCAACCUAUGUGGGUUUUUGGAUUCUCAAAGGACUCUUGAGUAGAGGUUACACAGUUCAUGCAGCUCUUCAAAGAAAGGGAUCAGAGACAGAGAUAGAGAAGAAAAUCAAGGAAAUGGAAAGAGUGGAGGACAGAUUAGCAGUUUUUACUGUGGAUAUUCUGGAUUACCAGAGCAUUCUUGUUGCGCUGAAGGGUUGCUCUGCUCUGUUCUGUUGUUUAGAUAGCCCAGAUGGUUAUGAUGAUAUAAUUGUGGAUUUGGAAGUUAGGGGAGCAAUCAAUGUGGUGGAGGCAUGUGCACAAACAGACACCAUAGAGAAGAUAGUGUUCAGCUCUUCCUUAACUGCAGCUAUUUGGAGAGAGAACAUUUGUUUAGAGAAAGAUGUGGAUGAGAGGUGUUGGAGUGAUCAAGAUUUCUGCCGGAAAAUGAAGUUGUGGCACGCCCUGGCUAAAACACUCUCCGAGCAGGCUGCCUGGGCUCUGGCCAUGGAUCGAAUGCUUAACAUGGUUUCUGUGAAUGCUGGACUAGUUCUUGGCCCCGGGGUUGCACAACAAAAUCCUCGGUCAACCAUGUCCUAUCUUAAAGGAGCCGCUCAAAUGUUUGAAAAUGGAGUUCUAGCAUCUGUAGAUGUUGGGUUUUUAGCUGACGUUAACAUCCGAGCUUUUGAAGAUUCAUCUACAUGUGGAAGAUACUUUUGCUUCAAUCAGAUAGUGAAUACUGAGGAAGAAGCUGUUAAACUUGCUCAGAGCUUGAGCCCUUUGUUAUCUUUACCCUCCAAGUAUGAAUGCCAAGGGAGUGAGGUCUAUGCUGAGAGGUUGAGGACCAAGAAAUUGAAUAAGCUGGUUGAAGGCACUGCAUAAUUUUUAAAAAGCCCUUGUUUCUAUCCUUUGUAAUUUCUCAACUUUAGCUAAUGUAUAUAUUGUCAUUCAGAAAAAAAUGCAUCUACUGAUUUUUCUAUCAUCA